GGGAAAGAGCCUCCAGAAACAAGAGAAGAGUCGCUUUCAGAGGAGCAAGUACCAACAUGCCCAGAUUACGGGACUUCCAAGAAGAUUGUAACAAUAUAUAAAAGUCGGAAAUUGAUCUUUAGCCACAGAGGAGUCUGGCGGCGAUGCAGCGACGAUGCGUUUGAAUCAGGGACGGGUUCUUUAGAGGGAUCAUUUUCAGCAGAAACAUUUAAAGAAACGAAAUAAAUGAAGGCGUUGUAUACUGUAGUGGGCGCACAGCGGUUACGCGCGUUCGCGUGCAACGUACGGUUUUUAACGCUGCGCGAAAACAACAGCGAACGCUUCGCCGAUUCUAAUUAACCAUUGCUUUUGGUUUCACAGCAACCUUCAUUCAGAAUGAACCAAUGUAAAGUCAUGAAGGACGGCUAUCUGGAGAAGAGGAGUAAUGGACUUCUGCAGCUUUGGAAGAAGAAGCGUUGCGUCCUGACGGAGGACGGGCUCCGGCUGUACGACUGUAAAGGAGAGAGCGGUAAAGAGAUGCGCUUCGAGCAGAUGACCACGCUGGACUGCGUGGAGUAUAAACGGGGUCUGGUGUACUUCACCAUCGUGAUGAACGGCGGGAAGGAGAUUGACUUCAGGUGCCAGCAGGAGGGAACGGCGUGGAACGCGGAGAUCGCGCUCGCGCUCGUGCGCUUCAAAAACCGCGUCGCCGUUCAGACCGGCAGGAACAGACAUCUGUCACAUCUGGGCAGCUGCGGCGAGGGAGACGUCGAGCUCUGAGGAUUUCUCACCCUAGACACAGGAUGGGAUCCAAAAGAGAGAGAGACUGCGGACAAUAAAGUGAAGGCAGGAGCCCAAUGUUAAGAAAAAACCGGAUAAAAAAUGCUGAGAACUUUAAAACUCACAUUUUUUUUUUUUUUUUUUUGUGCUUCCAACAUUUUUCAAAGUGACACCUUUUGGCCUGCUCACAGACACUGUGGAUGGAUUUGUACAUGUGGGUGUUAGGCCAUAGAUGUUUUAUACACAGUGGAGUUUUUCCAUACACUUUUACUUGAGGUCAAAAGCAAUAGAGACCCAAUGGAUUGCUCUUCACCAUAAUUCAGUGCUAAGUUCACUCCUCACAACUCCAGUGUUGAAUUUUGGCAUGGACUUUUCACUUUUAAGAGACACAUUUACCUCAUGCUAAAUGGAGGACUUACGCUCAGUAUUAUAAGUUAAAGCAUGAUGCUGCUUUAGGAGACAUUAACCAUAGAUGAAGUAUGACUCACAGCUGCACUGUUUAACAUUUCAUAAGUAUUUGAACAGUGAAUCUGGAUUCAUUCUUGUAAAGGUUUUCAUCUGCACACAAAGCAUGGCAGGAAAACCAGACUGCUGUUCCCUGGAAUGUAUUCCGACUGGACGGAAAACUUGAUGGAUGUGUUUUUAUUUUCUUUUCCAUUGGGCAGUGCUGUUAUUACUACAAUUUUCUCCAUAUUCUGCUGAGCGGUUGCCAAAGUUAGAAAAUAAACGUCUGCGUUGUGAUGGUUAAAAAAGAUUAUAGAGGAAAUGCACAAAGCUCAUUAUGUCAUUAGUUACACAUUGUCCAAAUAAAGAGAAUGAUUUUGUGGCUUUGUAA